AUGAAUAAAUACACUUUGAAAUUUAUGGAUAGCAAAAUAGAGGCUCAAUAUUAAGAGUUUAGAAGAAAAGAAAUACUAAGAAAAGUAUUUUAUACUAUGACACCAAUCAGUUUGAUAUUCAAUAUUUUAAAAAUAUCUGUUGAUAUAGCAAAACACAAAUAUGAUUAAUUGUUAAUCAAUUUUGCAAAUAUGGCAGUAAUUCUAAUUGGUGUUCUUCUAUAUAAAGUAAAUGAGAAAUACCUUAGACUUGUUAUAACUGUAUAUAGUAUUAUAUCAGGUUUGUUACAGCUUAAUAUAGAUCCAGAAGAUGCAAAACAAUAAGAUUAUUAUAAUUUUGGUAGCAUUGUUACUUCUAUAUAAUCAGUACUUUACUUUUUAAGUGACUUUCCUGAUGCUUGUAUUUAAGUAAUAUGUCAUUGCACAAUAAGAUUAUUAAUUACUUCAAUAACAACAAAAUAUGUAGAUUUCUAGGAUUACUUAUUGAGCUUUUUUGUUAUAGCUUUUUAAUUUUUAGUUCUAUACAAAUGUGAUUAGAAUUCUAGAAAGCAUUUUUUGCUAAGAGCUAAAGAGGAUUAAUGGGAUAUUUAGUUAAUAAAUUUAAUUAAUUCUCCAUUUUACUAAUUUAAAUUUAUUAAUGAGGAGCUUAAAUUUGAUUUAAUUUAAUCUAAUCAAUUAGAAAUGUUUCCUAAUUAUAAUCCAAAUUUUUGUGAGGGAUGCAAUUUCCGUAGAUUCUUAAGGUCUACUUAAGUGUAAGAAAAUUCAAAUUUGGAAACAUAUUUAUUCUAAUUUAAUAUGAAAAAUUUGGAAAAUACAUUUGAAAUUAAUCUAUUAAAUAAUUAUCGAUAUAAACUUAAAUUUAUCAAUUUAGGUGUAGAAACUAAAAAAUAUCUUAUCAUUUUAAUUAAUCUCAAUAUCAACAUUAAAGAUCAAAAAUAAAAUAUUUAUAUUAAAUAAGCAAAAGAAGACUUGUACAAUACAGUCAAAAUACUCUAAAAGACUAAUUCAGAAUUUAUAAAUUCCUUUAGAAUGGGAGUAUUAUCAUUAAUUUUACUUAAUAGUCAAUAAAUAAAAAGAAUUAAUCUAACAAGACGAUUUUAAUAAUGUAUAAAAUUAUUCAAAUAAUUUGGAUGGAAAUUCAAAUUAAAAUCAAAACAUGACAUUUACAUCAAUUCUUAUUAUUGUUUGAUUAAUAUCUUUUUAAUCCAAUUGUUUUUACUAUUUUAAAAUUAAAAAAAAUAAAUCCAAUUAAUUGAUUUAAUAGAAUUAGAAAAUGAAGUAAUGAUUUGUAUUUAGCCAUAUGACUUUUAAUAAUUUAGAGUUGAAUUUAAUGAAAACUUUUUUAUAAAUCAAAUAAAAAAUAAAAUUUUAAUACAAAAUAAUCUGAAUAAUUAAUAAAUAUAACUUAUUAAAUUCGUUGAAAUAGCAUUUAAUUAAAUUGAUAAACAAAACAUAUUAGUGGAUGUCUCACAAUUAUGA